CGCCGGCGCCUCGGGAGCAGGGCUCCGCGGAGCAGCUCGCGCCGCUGCCGUUCACCGACGAGGUGGGCGUCGAGGAGGCGGCGUCGAGUCAGGAGACGAGCGCGGGCACGUCAGCGCCGCUGCCGACGCCCCGACAGCAGGGCUCCGUGGCGGAGCAGUUCGCGCAGGUUUCGCUCACGGAUGAGGUGGUCGCGGAGGAGGGGGUGUCGAGUCAGGAGACGAGCACGGGCACGCCGGGGCCUCCCUCUGCGCUUCAGGAGCAGGGCUCCGUGCAGCAGUUCGCCGCGGUUUCGCUCAGCGAGGAGGUGGGUGUUGAGAAGGGGACGCCAAGUCCGAAGAUGAGCACGGGCACGCCCACGAUGCCGCCGGAGACUUCGCCACCGCUGAGGAGUCGGCAUCGGCCUCCCGGAGUGCCAGCUGCCGCGCCGCAGGAGGUGGUGCAGGCCGUGGAUGCGGCGGUCAUGGGCGAUCGUGGAGGCCGGGUGGACUGCCUCCUCGAGAUGGUCUCUGAGGGGCAGGGCGAGCUACCGCACUACGUCGUCGAUGUUCUGCUCGGAACCAUGGGCGGCGUGGAUGACCUCGACGAGGUUAGGGACACCACUGGCACUGGUACUUCCCCGAGCAUCAUGUCCAACUCGCGCGCCGCCAUCACUGCCGCUGAGCUCCUGCCUCACCUCCCCUGCAGCGACGAGCCAUCACCACGCACUCGUAUGGCUAUUGGCCUGCACGCCGCGCUAGGGGCCUGCACCCGCAACCGUGCCAUGUGCUCUUCCUCAGGCCUCCUAUCCGUGCUCCUUGAGUCUGCAGAGAAGCUGUUCGUUGGAACAGGCCAGAGUAGCACUAGUAGCUGGGACGGGACACCACUGCUUCAGUGCAUUCAGCUCUUGGGUGGCCACUCGCUUAGUGUGAAGGACCUCCAUUCCUGGCUUGGCUUGGUUAAGAAGGCGCUCGGGACGAGCUGGGCCACACCACUGAUCCUGGCACUUGAGAAAGCUAUGGGCAGUGAGGAAGCAAGAGGUCCUGCCGCGACGUUUGAGUUUGAUGGGGAGAGCUCUGGUCUGCUUGGUCCUGGCGAUAGCAGGUGGCCCUUCUCGAGUGGCUAUGGAUUUGCUACUUGGAUUUAUAUUGAAUCAUUCUCUGACACACUUAGCACAGCAACAGCCGCUGCUGCAAUUGCCGCGGCUGCAGCAGCAACAUCUGGAAAAUCAUCAGCAAUGUCAGCAGCUGCAGCGGCCAGUGCCCUUGCAGGAGAAGGUACAACACACAUGCCACGGCUUUUCAGCUUUCUCUCUUCGGAUAACCAGGGUGUGGAGGCUUACUUCCAUGGCCAAUUCUUGGUGGUGGAGAGCGGGGGUGGGAAGGGCAAGAAGGCUUCUCUGCACUUCACUUAUGCGUUCAAGCCUCAGCGCUGGUACUUUGUUGGGCUAGAGCACACAAACAAGCAUGGUUUGCUUGGGAAGGGAGACAGUGAAUUGAGAUUGUAUGUGGAUGGUAGUCUGCAUGAGAGCCGUGCUUUUGAUUUCCCGCGCAUAUCGAAACCACUGGCAUUUUGCUGCAUUGGGACGAAUCCACCACCAACUAUUGCAGGCUUGCAAAGGCGUCGACGGCAAUGCCCAUUAUUUGCCGAAAUGGGCCCCAUCUACAUCUUCCGGGAGCCAAUAGGGCCAGACAGAAUGAGUCGGCUGGCACUCCGGGGAGGAGAUAUACUUCCUACUUUUGGAAAUGGUGCAGGUUUUCCAUGGAAGGCAACGAAUGACCAUAUUAAGAACAUGACAGAAGAGAGUUUUGCACUGAACCAUGAGAUUGGGGGCUGCUUGCACCUUCUUUAUCACCCUAGUCUUCUCAGUGGCCGUUUUUGUCCAGAUGCUUCCCCUUCUGGUUCAUCAGGAACUCAUCGAAGGCCUGCAGAGGUUCUUGGAUUGGUUCAUGUUUCACCUCGUGUGCGGCCUGCGGAAUCUUUGUGGGCCUUAGCUUAUGGGGGUCCAAUGGCUUUACUUCCAUUGACUGUGAGCAGUGUGCAGAUGGAUACUCUUGAGCCUGCACUUGGUGAAUUGUCAUUGUCACUUGCCACUGCUUCCCUUUCUUCUCCAAUCUUAAGGAUUAUUUCCCUGGCUAUUCAACAUCCUGGCAAUAAUGAAGAAUUAUGCCGUACAUAUGCACCUGAGCUUUUGUCACGCGUUUUACAUUAUCUGUUGCAAGCAUCUUCAGAGCUGGGAAGUGGAGAAGAAGAGGGAGUGACUAAUGAGGAGCUAGUCGCUGCAAUUGUAUCUUUGUGCCAAUCUCAAAGAAAUAAUCAUGAGCUUAAAGUGCAGCUUUUCAGGACUUUGCUGUUGGACUUGAAGAUGUGGAGUUCAUGCAACUACGGUUUACAGAAGAAGCUUCUGUCCUCACUUGCAGACAUGGUAUUUACUGAGUCUAUUUGCAUGCGAGAUGCAAAUGCAUUGCAAAUGCUUCUUGAUGGCUGCAGAAGGUGUUACUGGGCUAUUCGGGAACCAGAUUCAAUCGAUAACUUACCACUUACUGGAACAAAGAGAUCUUUGGGUGAAGUGAAUGCUCUGAUUGAUGAGCUUUUGGUUGUUAUUGAACUUCUGCUAGGAGCAGUAUCUUCCACAGCUGCUUCGGACGAUGUCUGCUCUUUGAUUGGAUUUAUUGUUGACUGCCCACAACCUAAUCAGGUAGCAAGGUUGCUUCACCUCAUCUAUAGGCUGAUUGUGCAGCCUAACAUUUCUAGAGCCAACAUGUUUGCUCACUCAUUCAUAUGUAGUGGUGGUGUGGAAGCACUUCUUGUUCUUCUACAGCGAGAAGCUAAAGCUGGCAAUAACCAUAUUUUGGACAAUAGUGCAAAUUUAAGUGAAUGUGAUGUACUGAGUAAUGAGGGUUCCGACGCAAAAGCUACAACCGGUGAAGGAUAUUGCCAGGAUGAUGAAAGUCAGUUAGCUGAACAGCACGAAUCCAUUGUUCAUGACGACACUGAACAAGAAGCUGCAAAAACAAAUGGUGCUUCUUUUAAGACGUUGGGAGCAAAAAUAGGAAGGAAGAUUUCCAACUCUGAAAAUCAGCUCGUAAAGAAUUUGGGUGGCAUCAACUUCUCAAUUACCGCUGAUAACGUCCGGAAUAAUGUAUACAAUGUUGACAAAGGUGACGGAAUCGUUGUUGGAAUCAUUCGCAUUCUUGGUGCUCUAGUUGCAUCAGGACACCUAAAAUUUGCAUCAAGUUCUUCAAAUCCAAAUUUACCCGAUGGUCUUCUGACGACAGUUCAUGACGAAGGAAAUACUAUGUCAGAAGACAGAGUAUCACUGUUACUUUUUGCAUUACAGAAAGCAUUCCAAGCAGCCCCAAGGAGGCUUAUGACCGCAAAUGUCUAUAUGGCUUUAAUUUCUGCUGCGAUUAAUGUUUCUUCAGCUGAUGAAAAUCUGAACCUAUAUGAUUGUGGCCACCGUUUUGAACACAUUCAACUUUUGCUAGUGCUGCUCCGCACGCUUCCGUAUGCAUCAAGGUCAUUCCAAGCUCGUGCUAUACAGGAUAUUCUGUUUUUGGCUUGCAGUCAUCCUGAGAAUAGAACCACAAUGACCACAAUUGCAGAAUGGCCAGAAUGGAUUUUAGAGGUUUUGAUUUAUAAUCAUGAGAAGGGUAGUAAGAAAUAUGUCGAUGGUGUAAGCAUUGGUGAGAUUGAAGACCUUGUACAUAAUUUCCUGAUUAUCAUGUUGGAGCAUUCAAUGCGACAAAAAGAUGGGUGGAGGGAGGUGGAGGCUACAAUUCAUUGUGCAGAGUGGCUUUCAAUGGUUGGAGGAUCUAGCACUGGAGAACAACGGUUGAGGCGCGAACAGUCAUUACCAAUUUUCAAAAGGAGAUUAUUAGGCGACCUACUUGAUUUCUCUGCCAGGGAGCUUCAAGUUCAGACUGAAGUAAUUGCAGCGGCUGCUGCUGGUGUUGCUGCCGAGGGCUUGUCUCCUGAAGAAGCGAAAGUGCAAGCAGAAAAUGCUGCUCAUCUCUCAGUAGCACUAGCGGAAAAUGCAAUAGUUAUCCUCAUGCUUGUAGAAGAUCAUCUGAGGACACAAGGCCAACAUUUUUGUGUGUCCCGUGUACUUAAUAGUGUUUUAUCUUCCACCUCCAUUGCUUCGUCUGCUCCCAGUCGGUCAAAUUCAUUGAGCAGAGCUGGUAGUGAGCAUAUAGAUGCUGGACUCUCAAGGCGGUCGUCUUUGUCCAGUGAUGCUGGUGGCCUUCCACUAGAUCAGGUGCUUACUUCUAUGGCUGAUGCAAAUGGACAAAUUUCUGCUGCCGUGAUGGAGCGCCUUACAGCAGCAGCAGCAGCUGAGCCAUAUGAAUCUGUCAAGCAUGCCUUUGUGUCUUAUGGGAGCUGCAUUGCAGAUCUUGCAGAAAGCUGGAAAUACAGAAGCCGCUUAUGGUACGGUGUAGGCGUUCCAUCCAAAUCUGAUUUAUUUGGUGGUGGUGGAAGUGAUUCAGAAUCUUGGAGAUCUGCUUUAGAGAAGGAUUCAAAUGGGAAUUGGGUUGAGCUUCCACUUGUGAAGAAAUCACUCGAAGUGCUGCAGGCACUCUUGUUAGAUGAUUCUGGACUUGGCGGUGGUCUUGGUAUUGGAGGGGGGUCUGGCCCUGGUAUGGGGGUUAUGGCUGCACUUUAUCAGUUGCUAGACAGUGAUCAGCCAUUUCUUUGCAUGCUCAGAAUGACUCUUGUUUCGAUGAGGGAGGAUGACAAUGGUGAAGGUGAUGCUCUUUUGAAGAACACUAGUAUAAAGGACGUCAUAUCAGAAGGAAGCCUGGGGCCAUUUGAUGGCAACAGUCACUCAUCUACAAGGAAACCCCGGCCUGCACUUCUUUGGAGUGUGCUUGGCCCAAUUCUGAACAUGCCAAUUACCGAGUCGAAGAGGCAGAGGGUGUUGGUUGCUUCCUCCAUUCUCUAUUCAGAGGUAUGGCAUGCUAUUGGUAGGGACAGGAGCCCCCUAAGGAAACAGUACAUUGAACUGAUUCUACCACCAUUUAUAGCCAUCCUAAGGAGGUGGCGUCCACUUUUGGCUGGUGUUCAUGAGCUAACUUCUUAUGAUGGACGGAAUCCACUCAUUGCUGAUGAUCGUGCUCUGGCAGCAGAUGCACUACCCAUCGAGGCUGCUCUUUCAAUGAUAUCGCCUGGCUGGGCUGCUGCUUUUGCCUCACCACCAGUUGCAAUGGCAUUAGCCAUGAUGGCUGCUGGUGCCUCCGGAACCGAAACAGUAACACCUCGAAGGAAUACCUUGAGUAGGCAUGACACUUCUUUGCCAGAGCGUAAAGCAGCAGCAAGAUUACAGACCUUCUCAAGUUUCCAGAAGCCUGUUGAAACAAAUCACAACAAGCCUGGGUCCACCCCAAAGGACAAAGCAGGAGUUAAAGCUGCGGCAUUAGCUGCUACACGUGACCUUGAGCGGACUGCUAAGAUUGGUUCAGGAAGGGGUCUUAGUGCUGUAGCAAUGGCAACAUCAGGACAGAGGAGAAGUGCAAGUGAUAUCGAUCGUGCAAAGAGGUGGAAUACAUCUGAAGCUAUGAGUGCUGCUUGGAUGGAGUGCCUGCAAUCAGCUGAUUCUAAGCCUGUUUCAGGAAGAGAAUUUUCAACUCUUUCAUACAAAUAUGUUGCAAUUCUUGUUUCUGGUUUUGCCUUUGCACGAAACUUACAGCGAGUUGAGAUGGAGAGGCAAACACAAGUUGAUGUGCUGAAUCGGCAUCGUGCAUCAACUGGAGUUCGAGCAUGGCGGCAUCUUCUUCACUGCCUGACAGAGAUGGGAAGAUUAUAUGGACCUUUUGAAGAACCCAUGUGUACUCCUGAUCGGAUUUUCUGGAAAUUAGAUUUUACUGAAAGUUCUUCAAGAAUGAGAAGAUUUAUGAAAAGGAACUAUAAGGGAUCUGAGCAUUUGGGUGCAGCUGCUGAUUAUGAUGAUCGGAAGCUUCUUAGUGCUGCUGUGCAAUCAAAUGAACGCAACCCCAAGGGUGCAGAUUCUUCAUUAACAGACACUAUUCCAUCAACUGCGCCGGUAGUAAUUGCUGAGGCCAUGUCAGUGGAUGACAGAAAUGAGGACAUUGAGCAGUUAGAAUCUGACACUACUCACAACAGUGCUGAUCAACUUCAGUCCUCAUCAGCAGACCAACAAUCCAUGAAAAGAUCAGUAGAUUCAAGAAGUUCUGGCAUUUCUGCCGAUCGCAAUUUGGUUCGAUCCACAGUUGUUGCACCUGGAUAUGUGCCAACUGAAGCUGAUGAGAGAAUUAUAGUUGAACUUCCAUCAUUGAUGGUGCGACCAUUGAAAGUUGUGCGUGGAACCUUCCAAGUAACAUCAAAGAGGAUUAACUUUAUAAUUGAUGAGCAUGCAAGUGACAGUAAUGUGGAUGAUCAUGCAUCCACUAGUAGCCAAUGUUAUCAGCAAGAUAAAGAUCGGAGCUGGUUGAUCUCUUCUCUACAUCAGAUAUAUAGCAGGCGGUACUUGUUACGACGAAGUGCUUUGGAAUUAUUUAUGGUAGACAGGUCAAAUUUCUUUUUUGAUUUCGGGGAUAUGGAAGCACGAAAAAAUGCUUAUCGGGCGAUUAUUCACACCAAACCACCUAAUUUGAAUGACAUUUUUCUAGCUACCCAGAGAGCCGAGCAAAUCCUUAAAAGAACUCAGUUGAUGGAGCGCUGGGCUAACUGGGAGAUUAGCAAUUUUGAGUACUUGAUGGAACUGAACACUCUUUCUGGGCGCAGUUAUAACGACAUAACUCAGUAUCCUGUUUUCCCCUGGAUAAUAGCUGAUUACCAGUCUAAAGUUUUGAAUCUGGAUGAUCCUUCUGCAUACCGUGAUCUUUCAAAGCCUAUUGGAGCACUAAACCCAGCACGACUAAAAAAGUUCCAAGAACGGUACUCGACGUUUGAGGAUCCAAUCAUCCCCAAGUUCCAUUAUGGUUCACAUUACUCCAGUGCCGGCACGGUCUUGUAUUACCUUUUCAGGAUGGAGCCCUUUACCACACUAUCUAUACAAUUGCAAGGUGGCAAAUUUGACCAUGCUGAUCGCAUGUUUUCUGACCUUUCUGGCACAUGGGAUAGUGUUCUGGAUGACAUGAGUGACGUAAAAGAGCUAGUGCCAGAGAUGUUUUACCUCCCUGAGGUAUUUACCAAUAUAAAUUCUAUUGACUUCGGGACAACUCAACUUGGAGGAAAGCUAGAUUCUGUAGAGUUGCCUCCUUGGGCCGAGAACCCUGUUGAUUUUGUCCACAAACACCGGAAGGCUCUUGAGAGUGAGCAUGUCUCGACUCAUUUGCAUCACUGGAUUGAUCUAAUAUUCGGAUAUAAACAGAGGGGUAAAGAUGCAGUAAUGGCCAACAAUGUGUUCUUCUACAUCACAUAUGAGGGAACUGUUGAUAUCGACAAAAUUGCAGAUCCGGUGCAACGGCGAGCCAUGCAAGAUCAAAUAGCCUAUUUUGGACAAACACCAUCUCAAUUGCUGACUGUCCCUCACAUGAAGAGAAAGUCAUUGACAGAUGUCUUACAACUACAGACCAUAUUCCGGAAUCCAAGUGAACUUAAAUCUUAUGUACUGCCUAAUCCAGAACGCUGCAAUGUCCCAGCAAGUACCAUGCUUGUAUCAAAUGAUUCUAUUGUAGUUGUAGAUAUGAAUGUGCCCGCGGCGCAUAUUGCACUUCACCAGUGGCAACCAAAUACUCCAGACGGCCAAGGGGCACCUUUCCUUUUUCAUCAUGGUAGAAAUGCUGCAAGUUCAACAAGUGGUGCAUUCAUGCGUAUGUUCAAAGGAUCCACUAGUUCUGGAGAAGAUUAUGAGUUCCCAAGAGCUAUAGCAUUUGCUGCUUCUGCAAUCCGUAGUUCAGCUAUAGUUGCUGUCACCUUUGACAAAGACAUCAUCACUGGUGGGCAUGCAGACUGUUCGGUGAAGUUGAUCUCCCCAGAUGGAGCAAAGACAAUUGAAAGUGCUUCUGGGCAUCUUGCUCCAGUGACCUGCCUUGCACUUUCCCCUGAUAGCAACUACCUUGUGACGGGGUCUCGAGAUACUACAGUUAUACUCUGGAGGAUUCAUCAGGCAGGCUUUAUACAUAAGAAAAAUCCUCCUGAACCUCCACCUGCAACACCAAGGACACCACGCAGCCCUCUUCCUACUAGUCCUAGUAGCAUGAGCAACCUUUUAGAAACCAGGAAAUGUCGAAUCGAAGGUCCUAUGCAUGUGUUAAGAGGACACCUUGGAGAAGUAAUUAGCUGUGCAGUUAGUCCAGACUUGGGACUUGUUGUAUCCUCGUCAAACAUGUCUGGUGUGGUGCUACAUUCUUUGCGGACUGGUCGGCUGAUAAGGAAGAUUCAUGUAGCGGAGGCGCAUUUUGUAUCCUUGUCUUCCCAGGGUAUCAUUUUGGUUUGGAGUGAAUCGAAGAAAAGAUUAUCUAGCUUCACAGUCAAUGGAGUCCCUAUUGCCACCUCAGUUCUAUCACCCUUUUCUGGGGGAGUUAGUUGCAUUGAGAUUUCUAUGGAUGGCCAUUUUGCCCUCAUCGGAACUUGUUCAUCCAGCCAUUACAAGUGCGAGGACAAUACUGAGCCUGGGAAACAAAGUCGCAAGGCUGAUAUAUCUGAGCAAACUGAAAUCGGGCAAUCUGUUCAUGUGCCUUCGAUCUGCUUCGUUGAUCUGCAUAAACUUAAGGUAUUUCAUACACUGGAGCUGGGAAAGGGCCAGGACAUCACAGCAAUUGCAUUAAACAAAGAGAACACUAAUCUUCUAGUUUCUACUGCUGAUAAGGGUCUAAUGGUGUUCACUGAUCCUGCUUUGAGCUUGAAGGUAGUGGAUCAGAUGCUACGCCUUGGCUGGGAAGGGGACGGACUUCUUCAGUCAUGAGAAAGCCAUCGAUGUUAAGUCAUUACUUGCUUAUAGAUUGGUGGCGCCCAUUCGAUAGCAUAGGUAGGAGCAGGGUACUGAAGCAAAGGCGUGGAAUAUGCCAUCUGUACAAAACGAAAAAGCAAUAGGCAUUGUGAGUUAGGCUAGGUCGUAUACUGUAUCCAACAGGUCGUAUAGUCAGAUAAAGAGGGAACGAGUAGACUUGCUGGGCAACAGCAUGAUCCUAUUGUUGCAUCAGCGCUGCCUUGUAAAUUCUGUCAUUUUGUAGAGUGCAUGAGUAGUUGUAUACAAUUCUGUCAUUGCGAGUCUCUGCUUGUAGGGUGAUCAUCUUUUUGUUCAUGAUUUUGAUUUCGAGUUUUGUCCGUUGCUAGGAACCAUUAAAGAAAGUAUCUAAGGAUGUUGGACCAA